CAAAAGAGCGAAGCGAAACGCAUUUUAAUAAACUUUUUGGAAAACAGCAAGCAAAUACAAACAUGAGUGUCACUGGAGAAAGCGUCGGUAUCGAUUUGGGUACCACCUACAGUUGUGUUGGAGUUUGGCAAAAUGAUCGCGUUGAAAUCAUUGCCAACGACCAGGGAAACCGUACGACUCCUUCGUACGUUGCCUUUACCGAGACUGAGCGUCUCAUCGGUGAUGCCGCCAAGUCGCAGGCUGCCAUGAACGCUCACAACACCGUCUUCGAUGCCAAGCGUCUUAUUGGUCGCAAGUUCACCGAUGCCGGUGUUCAAGGGGACAUGAAACAUUGGCCUUUCAAGGUCGUUUCCGGUCCGGGAGGCACCCCCAUUAUCGAAGUUGACUACAAGGGAGAAAGCAAGCAGUUCAAAGCUGAAGAAAUUUCCAGUAUGGUUCUCCAGAAGAUGAAGGAGAUUGCCGAGGCCUAUCUUGGAAAGGAAGUGAAGAACGCUGUAGUCACCGUUCCCGCUUAUUUCAACGACUCCCAGCGCCAGGCUACCAAGGACGCCGGUGCCAUUUCUGGACUGAAUGUCCUCCGCAUCAUCAACGAGCCGACGGCCGCUGCUAUUGCGUAUGGUCUCGACCAGAAGGGCGAAGAGAAGAAUGUUCUCAUCUUUGAUCUUGGUGGCGGUACUUUUGAUGUUUCUCUUUUGACUAUUGAAGAGGGAAUCUUCGAAGUCAAGGCCACCGCCGGAGACACGCAUUUGGGUGGAGAAGAUUUCGACAAUCGUCUCGUCGACUAUUUCCUCCAGGACUUCAAACGUCGUCACCGCAAGGAUAUGUCGCAGAACCAGCGCUCCCUCCGUCGUCUUCGCACGGCUUGCGAACGCGCAAAGCGUACUCUUUCGUCCUCCACCCAGGCCCAUAUUGAGAUCGAUUCCCUCUUUGACGGUAUCGAUUUCAAUUCUACCAUCACCCGUGCCCGUUUUGAAGAUUUGUGUAUGGACUACUUCAAGAAGUGCAUGGAGCCUUGCGAAAAGGUUUUGCGCGAUUCCAAGAUUGCCAAGGGCCAGGUUGACGAAAUUGUCCUCGUCGGAGGUUCCACCCGUAUCCCUAAGGUGCAAUCCAUGCUUUCCGAGUUCUUUAACGGCAAAGAGCCCUGCAAGUCCAUCAACCCCGAUGAAGCUGUAGCUUACGGUGCCACAGUUCAGGCUGCGAUUCUCUCCGGAGCUGACAAGAGUGAGAAGCUCUCUGAGCUCUUGCUUUUGGACGUUACCCCUUUGUCGCUCGGUUUGGAAACCGCUGGAGGUGUGAUGACCACCCUCAUCAAGCGUAAUACGACCGUCCCGGCCAAAAAGACCCAGACUUUCUCCACCUACGCCGACAACCAGCCCGGUGUACUCAUUCAGGUCUUUGAGGGCGAACGUUCCAUGACCAAGGACAACAACUUGCUCGGAAAGUUCAAUCUCGACGGCAUUCCGCCCAUGCCCCGUGGACAACCCCAAAUUGAUGUCACCUUUGAUAUUGACGCUAACGGUAUCCUCAACGUAUCGGCCAUUGAGAAGUCUACUGGAAAAGAAAACAAGAUUACUAUCACCAACGAUAAAGGCCGUCUUUCUCAGGAUGAAAUUGAGCGCAUGGUGUCCGAAGCCGAGAAAUACAAGGCCGAGGAUGACGCCAACAAGAACCGCAUUGAAGCCAAGAACGGACUCGAGAAUUACUGCUACAGUCUCAAAACUUCCAUCAGCUCGGAAGAAGUCAAGGACAAGAUCCCUGCUGACGACAAGACUGCGCUCGAAGCUGCCAUUGAAGACGCGAUCAAGUGGCUCGACGCGAACCCGACCGCCGAAAAAGAAGAAUACGAAGAGAAGCAAAAGAGCCUCGAAGGUAUUGCGAUGCCCAUUUUGCAGAGCAUGGGUGGCGGUGCCGGUGGCAUGCCCGAUAUGGGUGGUGCUGGAGGUAUGCCUGACAUGGGCGGCGCUGGUGGGGCUCCUCCGUCCGCCGAUCCGGCCUCGGGACCUACCAUUGAAGAAAUCGAUUAAGCGUCGUUUCCAUUUUCUUGAUAGAAUCCAGAAUGAUUAUAAAAUAAUUACGUUUUGAUAUGAU